AGGCAGCGGAGGAUGACGCUACGGACAUGGCGGCUACGGUCGGCCAGCCAGGGGACGUGUCGAGCUGCUCCGUGACCUCGGCCGGUGCUCAGGGAGCGGAACAGCAGCCUCAUUAGUAUUCGUACCCACGAGGCGGCGCAGCGGGCCUUCGGGGAGAGCGAGCGUCGCGGCCAUGGCUUAUCAUUCGGGCUACGGAGCCCAUGGCUCCAAGCACAGGGCUCGCGCAGCUCCGGAUCCCCCUCCCCUCUUCGAUGACACCAGCGGUGGUUACUCCAGCCAACCAGGGGGAUACCCAGCCCCAGGAGCCGAUGUGGCCUUCAAUGUCAACCACUUGCUUGGGGACCCAAUGGCCAACGUGGCUAUGGCCUAUGGCAGCUCCAUCGCAUCCCAUGGGAAGGACAUGGUGCACAAGGAGCUGCACCGUUUUGUGUCUGUGAACAAACUCAAGUAUUUUUUUGCUGUGGACACAGCCUAUGUGGCGAAGAAGCUAGGGCUACUGGUCUUCCCCUACACACACCAGAACUGGGAAGUGCAGUACAGUCGUGAUGCGCCUCUGCCCCCGCGGCGAGACCUCAACGCCCCAGACCUCUAUAUCCCUAGCGAUAACGAGAGUCCCUGCCUCAGCGGAGAGUUGUGGAGAUUUGGUGAGGGGAUGUGCGCUCAGCACUGGCCCGCGGGAAGCACACCGAAAAUACCAGCUCUUAUCAUUGUUCCUGCCCAGCCCCCAAGGCCUGCUCCUACAUCCCCUCCCCUGGGGAUCUGCUCACUCCUUCUGGGUUCCCACGACUGCCCAUCCACAUGGCACUGGGCAGGCUGCCCACACUGUGCUGUGGCUGGCCGACUCUGCAUCGGACUCCUCUUUGUCCUGGGGCCUGCACAAGCAAUGGCCUUCAUCACCUACGUGUUGCUGGCUGGGAUAGCACUGGGCAUUCAGAAAAGGUUUUCCCCAGAGGUGCUGGGCCUGUGUGCCAGCACGGCGCUGGUGUGGGUCGUGAUGGAGGUGCUAGCCCUGCUCCUGGGCAUCUACCUGGCCACCGUGCGCAGUGACCUGAGCACCUUCCACCUGCUGGCCUACAGCGGCUACAAAUACGUGGGGAUGAUCCUCAGUGUACUCACAGGGCUGCUCUUUGGCAGCGAUGGCUAUUACGUGGCAUUGGCCUGGACUUCGUCUGCGCUCAUGUACUUCCUUGUACGCUCUUUGCGAACAGCAGCCCUGGGUCCCGACAGCAUGGGGGGCUCAGCCCCCCGGCAACGUCUCCAGCUCUACCUGACUCUAGGAGCUGCAGCCUUCCAGCCCCUCAUCAUAUACUGGCUGACCUUCCACCUGGUCCGGUGACCCCUGGCCCCCACUGGCACUGAUUUUUGCAUACAUUGAAGAUUUGA